AUGCAUUUCACCUCCUUUUUCUCUAUGCUGGCUAUCCCAGCCAUGGUCGCUGCCACCCUGGAUCCGGCUUCGACUAACAGCAAAGGCUACAAGCCUAGCAGCCUGAACUGCUCUGCUGCCAAGGUCUCCAAGGCUAUUCAAGCCGCUGAGUGCUCCCACAACACCCGGACUUCAUCCACCCAAACCUUCGCCGUCUUCGAGACUGACCACCAAUACGACUCCAACAACGGUGCUCCCUACGGAACAUGCAGCGCAUACACUUGCACCGCCCCGACCUCUAGUGAGAUCGAAGCGGACUCCGACUACUGGAUCUUCUACUGGGGCGAUGGUGGAAAGAGCAGUGGAUACGGUACCACCUGCAUCAAGGAUCCCCAGACUGGCGAGUGUGGCUGCGAGAACUCGGAUGGUACUUUCGUUGCUGGAAGCUCCAGCUGCACUUAG